AUGCAGUUAGAACAUGAGAUUUUAUUGCAUCCCAAAUACUUUGGUCCAAACCUAAUUGAGACAGUAAAGGCGAAGCUUUUUUCGGAUAUUGAAGGCACAUGUUCUGGCAAAUAUGGAUUUAUUGUUGCAGUAACAAACAUUGACCAUAUUGGAGCUGGGAUGCUCCUUCCUGGUCGAGGAUUUGUCCAGUACCACAUAGUGUACCGAGCCAUUGUAUUCCGACCUUUUAAAGGAGAAGUCAUUGAUGCAGUUGUUACUCAAAUUAAUAAAGUUGGCGUUUUUGCAGAGGCUGGUCCGCUGAGCAUAUUUAUAUCCAAAUAUUCCAUCCCUCAAAACAUCAAGUUCGAAGGUGCCGAGCCAACGAAUGAAAAUGCGAAUGAGGACGACGAAGAGGAGGAGGUCAAGCUUGACUCCUUUUGCGAUUUUAUCUUGCUCACUGACUUUACCCAUAUCGUCCAGAUGGAGGAUCGAAUCCGACUGAGAAUAAUUGGCUUGCGCGUUGAUGCUAGCGCCAUCUUUGCUGUUGGCACGCUGAUGGACGACUACCUAGGCACGUUGUAA